AUGAAGUUCAUGACCCUGUUGUUCGGCCUCUUGGGCUUGGUGACUGUGGCCGCCGCCUGGAGCAAGGAAGAUCGUGAAAUCUUCCGCAUCCGCGACGAGCUGCGCGCUCACAUGGAAGACCCCGACCAGAGCUUCUACGACCUUCUCGGCAUCAAGCCCUCGGCCUCGAUCGAAGACAUUAGCAAGGCCUUCCGCAAGAUUACGCGCUCCCUUCACCCCGACAAGGUCGCGCAGAAGCUCAAGGCUGAGCGUAUCGCCGCCAAGAAGGCCGGCACCUUCAUCCCCGGCGUCAACAUCAACAAGCCGCCGAGCCAGAAGGAGAUUCGCGCCGCCGUCAAGGUCGCCGAGGAGCGCCAGUCGCGCCUCAGUCUCGUCCGCAACAUCCUCAGCGGGCCCGAACGCGACCGCUACGACCACUUCCUCCGCAACGGCUUCCCCGCCUGGAAGGGCACAAACUACUACUAUGACCGCUACCGCCCCGGUCUCGGCACCGCCCUGUUCGGCGUCUUCUUCUUCGCCGGCGGCGCCCAUCCACUACCUCGCCCUCUACAUGAACCACCGCCGCCACAAGGACUUUAUCGAGCGCUACAUCAAGUUCGCCCGCGACCAGGCUUGGGGUGA